GUUUCUUUUACUGCUGCUGAAGCAUCUCCUCCUCCUGCUGCUGCUGUUCCUGUAGCUGCUGCUGCUGCUGCUGCUGCAUCUGCUGAGAGAGUUCGGCCAGAAGCUAACGUGGGAAAAUUGAAAUUGCAUUUUUUUAACACUCACCUGGAAAGUGAGAGUGAGUUUGGGGAUGAAAGAAAGAGACAGUUGAAGAAAAUGUUUGAAGCUGUUCAAAAUAUUCCUGAAACUGAAACUGUCAUUUUCGGAGGAGAUCUGAAUGUGAUUGAUCAAGAGUUGGAUUCUCUUGGUGGAAUUCCUCCUGGAAUUGAUGACUUAUGGAUAACGUGUGGAUCAAGGAAAGAAUACCAGUACACUUGGGAUAUGCAGCAAAAUACAAAUAUAAAGUUUCCUGGAAGAUUCAAACCAAAAUUCAGAUUGGAUCGACUAUAUGUCCGUCAUGCCCAUCCUCGAACACUUGUUCCAAAACAUUUUGGUUUACUUGGCAUGCAGAAAGUGAUCAAUAACCAGUUAUAUCCUAGUGAUCACUGGGCUCUUCAAGUC